AAACGUAUUCAUAAAUAUAUUUACAGGUCAAACAACCAUGUCUAAUGCUGCUGAUGGCGAGCUCGACGAGGUCAAAGUCAAGACUACCAACCACGGCAUUACCACCAUCUCUAUCAAUCGGACUCAUCGACGCAAUGCCGUGAACAGCGCAACUGCCAAACAGCUAUACGACGCGUUCAUCGCAUUUGAAAACGACAUCACUCAGAAAGUCUGUGUAUUCCAUGGCGAAGGUGGGAACUUCUGUGCUGGGUUCGACCUCCACGAGGUCUCAAGUAGAGAUGGACUAGGAAGCGAUACCAACGAAGCUACACCUUCCAAGAACGAACCUGUCUCCGGACGCAAUAUCGGGCCAAUGGGGCCAUCUAGACUUACUGUGAAGAAGCCUGUCAUUGCGGCUGUGAGUGGGUACGCUGUUGCUGGAGGACUCGAACUGAGCUUACUCGGAGACAUCCGUGUUGUCGAGGAAGAUGCUGUCUUCGGCGUAUUUUGUCGCCGUUGGGGCGUACCCCUGAUAGAUGGUGGAACAGUACGAUUACAAGCAAUCAUCGGCCUUGGAAGAGCUUUGGACAUGAUACUCACGGGCCGAAGCGUGGGAGCCCAGGAAGCCCUCGGCAUGGGGUUGGCAAAUCGAGUCGUACCAAGAGGCAGAGCACUGGCAGAAGCUACAAGCAUUGCGGAGUCCCUGCUCCAAUUCCCCCAACUAUGCAUGAAUAUAGAUCGCUCUAGCUGCUACUAUAGCGCUUUCAAUGCAACAUCAAUGGAAGACGCUCUCAAAAAUGAGUUCCAUGAAGGGUCGGCAGUGAUCUCAAAAGAGAGUAUCAAGGGUGCGACGCUAUUCAGUAAGGGAUCAGGGAGGCAUGGUAGCUUUUCACUUUGAAUGUCCUUGAAAUCAAAUUGUACAUCAUAAAUCAGGCAUUUGGGC